CUUUAGUGCCGACAGAGACUGCUAGCAGAUACAAGAAAGCAUUUGGUUUCUCAAAAACUUCCCUAGAGGUUAAAGAUAAAAUGAGGAAUGCCAAAUGGAUCAUUGGCAGUACAAGUGGUCUUCAGACUUUAUACAGAGUAAUUCUACAAUCAACAGUGUGUCUUAUAUGUUUGAAUGCUACAAUGAAAGCCUCAGCACAUUCAAUUUCAGUUGAUCCACCAUCAAAUCUGACAAUUAGUGAUCCUGGAUUUUUAGGAGUUUUGGACAUAAAAUGGAACCCUCCAAACACAGCAGCUACCUCAAUCCAAUGCAAAGUCCUGUAUGAAUUAGUUUACAAAAAUGUUGCUACAAACCACUGGAAGGUAAUUCAAACAAGGACAAUCAACCACAGAGCUGCAUUCAAUCUUAGUGAAGUCAUUGAAGUAAAAAUUAGAUCUUUUUUAAAAGGACCUUGUACAAAUGGUUCUCAGGUGUGGAGUGAGUGGGUAAAAACUCAGUAUUCAGUUCCUUUACAAGGAAAUCCUGAGUCACAGAUUGAGAGCUUCCGAUGUGUAUAUUACAACUGGGAAAACUUAACCUGUUUCUGGGUUCCAGGGAAGCUGUUUGACCACCACAGUAAUUAUGAAUUGCACUAUUGGCAUGAAGGGUUGUCCCACAUAAAAUCCUGUCCUACCUAUCUCAAACAUAACAGGAUUCACACCGGAUGUGUUUUUAAAGAUCAGCUGAAAAGUUACACAAAUGUAUUUUUAAGAGUUAUUGGAAUUCCAAGUUUGAGUCCAAUAAGAUCAUCAUACUUUAUACUUCAGAUUCAAGAUAUAGUAAAACCUGCACCUCCAGAGAUGUUGUCGGUCUCCAAAAUAAAUGCAGAUUUUAUACAAAUAGAAUGGAAGCCCCCUCAAGGGAAAGUUCCCCCAGGAUGUUUAAAAUAUGAAAUCCAAUAUCAGGAUCACCAUGGUGCUUGGAAGUCUGCUGAAGAGCAAAGAGAAACUUCCAGGAACAUCAGUUCUGACAGCACAUGUGCACAAGUCAAAGGAAAAGUUAAUAUGUAUUGUGCAAAAGAUGGGUUUUGGAGUGAAUGGAACACUCACUGUUGGAAAGAAAAAAUACCUGUAGAGAUCCCAUACAUGCAGUACUUCUUGGUUGGUGGGAGCAUCUUAAUACUGGUGUUUUUAAGCAUUGGAAUACUAUUUUGGGCAUACAGAACAAAAAUAAAGGUAUUACCGAAGAAAUAGGUCUACAAUGUAAACCAGGUGCAUUCAGUUCAGUAUACAUCAUUCAAACUGGGAAAAUCAUUUCUCAUUCUGUGGAAGGAUGAUUCACAGCACUGACGGGUUGUCCCUAUGUUAGGCUCUAGAAAGUAUACUGUAAGACUAACAUAAAUUUAAUUUGAAAGAAAUAUGUAGAGAGCAGAUUACAUUUGUGAACCUUAAUGUCCAUAUCAUUGUCUUUGUAAACCAUUUCAUAAUCUCUAAUUAUUAAGCACUGAGAAGUAGGAAAUAUACUACUGAGUACUGUACUGUAUGCAAAUAUGCCUCUGAUAAUCUAUCCAUUUACGUCAAAGUAACUUUUUAUAGCUAUUGAUCUAAGUAGAUUUAUAAAUUUAUUUCUAAAAUAUUGAUUGUAAAGGAGUAUAUGAAUAUAUAAAAUAUAUGUCUGAGCUGCUGGAAAAAUUGGACUCAAAUAUACUACAUAAUAUUUAAAUCAAGUGAAAUUGCAUUCUCCUUGGCACCAUCUUAAUCAACAUUUUACAUACAAAGAAGAGCAAUACCAUUUUUUUUAUUAUGUUGUUUUAUAAAGAAAAUAUGAGAUUAUUUAAAAAAAAAAAAAAAAAAAGGACU